CUGUCCGAGCAAAUAUAAAUGCCCAGUUUAUAAUGCAUGCCUUAUGUUCUUACAAUGUUACCUAAAUCUAAUACACUUUUGUGUGUUGUUGUUGUUGGUUUUUCCAUUUCGCAGGUUUAAGUCGUUAAUACAGCAAGGUCGCAUAAUUCAUUUGUGUUUAACCCUGGGUCAAUAAGGUAAACAGCUACUCUUUGUACAGCACUCCAAUAUUGUGACUGACUUCAAUGUUUGGCGAGUUGCUGGAGGAUGCAUGAUGUGCACACUGCCCGACCCCUCCCAGAUGAUGGAGGGGGAACGGGGGGAGUCUCUCUGCACCAUGAUCCACUGGUACAGCCUGCAUUAGUCUCAGAGAAAGACACAACCCGUAAACAAUGAAGCAUCGGACAUCUGAAAGCAUUGAUGCAAAACAUAACUAGACCUGAAAACGUCCCGGAAAUAUAAGCUAAGUACAGUAAGUGCACGUGAUGGAAAGCCCUGGGAUGACUUUGGCGAGGAGGAAUAACGCACCCUAACGACGCGAGCACUUCUCUUCUUCCAUUCUGACCUCGCUUUACUUUGCUCCGAGGUGAAGGCGGACCUGGAGAAACAGAUACACGGAAGGUUCUGUUCAGCGCAUGAGAUUACUGUGCAGAAUGGGAGUUUGAGCAUUAUUUUCCUCUUCCAGUCUGCGGCCAUGCUCCAGGCAUCUUCAUCCGAUCUGUUCCCUACCUGAGGGACACGAAAGGAUACAGCCUUCUAGUCCUCUAACCUAUAUUUUGUCGCAAUGGCUUUAAUCGGAUGAUGGGUUUAUUCGUUCAAGGUAGUUCCUAAGGUAUUAGAGCUAAGGAAGGAGGAGGGUUGCUUCAGCUGGAUGUAAGGUUUCAGACACGCGCUGUUGUUUAUUUGCUAAGGCAAACACAAGUGGAACGAAUUGCUGAAGUUUGUGAUGAUGGGAGAUGCAACUCAGGAGAUGCAAAUCUCGUGCACAUCUUUAGUUCUUUUUGUUUUGUUUGUUUUGUUUUGAUAGAUUCGAGCGUAUAACCGUGAGCACUCUCUCCAGGACAGGUGUGAUGUAAACAACCAGUGACAAACGCGACUGUAAACUCCUGCUUCCUAGUCGCAUACGUUCAAGUUCUUUACACAAACGCUAUGUCGCUAGUGUGGGACUGAAUCUGCACUGACUGCAUCUGAGUGUCUGUGUUCGGACUCGGUCAUGGGAGCGAAGCAGGCGAAGAGCCCGGAUGAGGCGGGCGCCAGUCCUCUAAGCGCGCGCUGCAGGAGGACACCGACACGCGAGCGCAGUAAUGACGUGCGCGCCUCGCUCGUGUUGCGCGCUGGGGAGAGACUCGCGCGCACCGGACCUCCGCCUCCGUACCAGCGCCGUGUGGGCAUGAUUCAGGACAUGAUGCACAUGGCCAAGCAGGGAAAACACGACGAGGCCACAGAGAUGCUCAGAACCCUACGACAGGACCUGGGAAUGGAGUCAACCUCCUUGGAUGAUGUCCUUUAUCGCUACGCCAGUUUCCGGAACCUGGUGGAUCCUAUUACACACGACCUCAUUAUCAGUUUGGCCAGAUACAUUCAUUGCCCGAAGACGGAAGGUGAUUCUCUGGGAGCAAUGGAGAAGGUGUGCCGUCAGCUGACCUACCAUCUGAGUCCACACUCACAGUGGAGACGCCAGGGCCUGCUGAAGAGGAAACCUCAGUCAUGCCUAAAAGCUGUUCUUUCUAAUCCACCGGUCAAUGGAGCAUUAGACCUCUCCAGUAUUCCUCUGGGAGUGAAGGAUAUGGAGCGGCUGUGCUCGCACCUGCAGCGGUAUGCUUCUCGUGUUUCCAGCCUUGAGCUAGGAUUCACGGAGCUCACAGACGAGGCCUUUCUUUUACUCCUGCCCACGCUGGCCUCACUGCCUCGGCUUGAAACACUGGCACUCAAUGGCAACAGGCUGACACGUGCCGUGCUCAAGGAGUUGACAGACACACUGAAGGAACCUGAUCGAUUUCCAAGCAUCACAUGGAUAGACCUUGGAAACAACGUAGACAUCUUCUCGUUGCCACAGUCUUUCCUAGUAAGCCUGCGUAAGCGCUGCCCCAAGCAGGGCAACCUGCCUACCAUCAUGGAAUUUGGAGAAAGCCAGGCAAGUGAACCAGACGCCCGGCCAGAUGAGGAUGACACAGAUAACACCGACGAUACAAACAAGACACUGAGCUUGGGCGAGCUCAGAUCUGAGGUGGAUUGUGAGAUAGAUGGAGAGAUGGAGAUCGAAGAGAUGAUGGAGGAGCUGCUUGACUUUGAUAGAGAGGUCAGAGGUCCAGAUGAUGAGGACAGUGUGUGGACCAUGGAGGAGCUGAGGGCUGCAAGAAGGCCAUAUGUAAUACAAAGCAGUGUGAAAAAAGCAACUAAGGCUGAAGGUGAAGAGGACACACACAGCCGGAGCUCACAGCUGUCAUGUUCUAGUCAGUCACAGGACUCUUCAGAAGCGUUCAGGGAUGGAAAAAAGGAUACUGGUGUGGAUCCGGUGCCUUGUUCUUCAGGAAACCUGACCUGAGCAGCUUUGCUCCAUUUAGAAAUUGUAGCCUUUAAACCCGUCUUGUUCAAAGAGUCAGGACAGACCCUGCGUUACAGGUCAGGACGUUUACAGGUCAUAGCAUCAUAGUAUCUGAAUAUUAAGGUGUUGAAAGAUUGCAGGGGAUGAAUCAUUUAAAAAUAAAGGAUUAUGUGGGAAAAAAAUAUAUUUUGUGUAUAUUAAGCAUAAAAUUAAAGCCCAUACCACUUAUGAGGUACAACAAUCAUAUAAUAUAGAGUAAGGUAAGAUACCCUUUGCAGUUUAUAUGCUUCUCUUUCAGGUAAUACCCCUUGGUUAUAUAGUCCUAUCUAAAGACUUUUACCUAUGUGCCUGUCUGACCUUGUUAAAGCGGAGUGUGUGCAGAUGUGUAAUGGUCUGUCUCUGAGUGGGAGCGCAUGUUUUUCCAAUGCACCCCGUUGAUAGAGAUGGAGACAAACUCACCAGCCUGACAUGAUCGUCUAGCUUGGACAUAUCCUUCUCCACCUUUGCAUCUGUUUCUACAUCCCAAGCAAGAAAAUGUGUCUUUGAAAUGCAUGUCCCAAGAGUCAGAACAGCCUGUACUCCUGAAGAAAAAAGCAAGAGGAAACCAAAUACUUCAACAAUUCCCGCAGUUCAACUUCAGAAUAUUUGUUGUGCUUUAUGAUGGACUGGUACCAAAGACUGGAAGACAGAAUAACAUAAAUGUACCGAUUAUUUCAAUGUA